AUGUUCGGUGGCAGUCAGCCGCCCGCCAACUCUCAAGAGGACGAGAAAGCAAUGAAUCAGCUCAGUGUGUAUCUGAGCCGCCAGAUUCACCCGAUUUACCUGUCUGCUCUCGUUUCGGGCUGCCGGAAGCUGGAGAAGCUUCAUCUCGCUGGAUGCCACUUCACAGAAUCAGCCAGUCUGCGUCAGUUGGCCCGGUGUACGACGUUGCGACAUCUGGACCUGUCCAGAGUCACCAACAUCAGUGCCUCUGAGCUGGCGCUGGGGCUGAGCGGCUGUCCACUGCUGGUACAACUCUUCGUGGCCGAGCUGGAGCCGCCGGUGGAACAGCUGGUGCCACCGACCGGGCUUCCGAACCUCGUCUCUCUGAAUGUGAACCAAAGCGGGCUGACCAACAACUCACUUCGACGUCUACCUCGCUUGUUCCCAAAGCUUCGCUCACUGAGUCUACAAGGAUGCCGUUCGGUGAAAGAGGAUGGUCUUCUGAGCUACCUACCGAAGCUUCGGCACCUUGAUGCGCUGGACCUGAGCGGAGUCAGCGAUGUCACUGAAGCGGUUCUCGCAAAGCUGAAGAACUGCCAUCUUACCAAGCUGAGACUUGGCAGCACUGGAGAAGGGGAUGUGAGCCCUUCUCAGAAGGGGAUCAGGAAGCUGGCGCUCGAGUGCAAGUCCCUCGAAGUGCUGUGGCUGGAUGUGUCAGCGGAUGUUCUCAAUUCCAUCGCAGGAACGCUGAAGCGGCAAAUAUCCAGUCAACGGAUCCUCGUGCUAUGUAGCGGACAAAACGGAGCCGCCAACUCUUCGGUCUCGGAGCCGCAGUGUUAUCCGCACAACAUACAUGUGGUCGAUGCAAACUCGGUGCCCUGGUAG